UCGCGCGAUACGAUUCUUCAGUACUUGUCCCUCUUUCUUUAUAAAGACACCGAGGCUGACCGUUAGAAUAAAAAAAAAUAAUUUAUUUAUAAGUACGAGAAGAAUUAUUUGCUAAUAACAAAUAAAUAAAUAACUCAAAAGUACAAGAAAUUGACAUAGAAUAUUUUAAGAAAAUUAAAACUAACUGAAAGAAUGAAAAGAAUUGAUUUAUUCUGAUAUUAAAAAGUGUGUAAAUAGCUGGUGAUUUUGUAGAAAUAAGUGGAGCAAAGGUAGACAAGUUUCACAAAGGACAUAUAAGAGAGACAAGCUAGGAGCAAAUGUUAACAGUAAAACCCCUGUCUUUGUGUUCAACUAUGAGAUAUAGGAUGAUCAAACUUGUCGAUUUCACACUCUGAUAAACUUUAUAAAAGGAGAAUAAACAAUUGGAUAUUUACGAUACAAAUUUGCGUCAUUAAAAACAUUAAAACUCUCGAUAUUUUUUAAACUAACAAUAAACUUUUCUAUGUGGAUUUUUACUGAGCUUCAAUAGAGAAGGAACAUUAAAAAUCUUGAAAUCCUUGGAGAGAACUCAGAACGAGCUCAUCUAGUUUUUACUAUCUCCUCGCCCACAUUUUUUUCCUCCACAUUACUCAGUUAUUGAGAUCUUGAAAACAUCUUGGAGUAUUAAAAAUGACAAGAACAAGCAAAUUGAAAUAAAAAUGAUUUUUUUAAUAUUUGUUGAUAUCAAUUAAAUAAAAGUAAAAUUUGAGAAGAGGAAAGAAAAAAAGCAAUAAUGAAACGUAGACUCGAUUUCAUAGUUACUUGAUUGAAAAGUAACUAAAAAAAAAUCUCGAUAAUAAUUGAAUAGAAAAAAUUGAAAAAUUGAAUGGAAAAUGAUGGGUGCUGUGAAUUCUUCAUAUUUAUUUGGUGAAGAUGAAAAUUGGGGUGCGAGAGAGUACUUUACAUAUUACAGUCAAUUUGGAGAUCGCAAGGGAGCCAGUGCUGUUGAGGUCAUUGUAUUAGCAGUAACAUUCGUUGCAGCAGUGAUAGCAAAUCUUGGUAUAGCUAUUUGUGUAUUAAGAUAUAAAGAAAUGCGAACACCGACAAAUCUGUGUCUAGUGAACUUGGCAGCAGCAGAUUUAAUUUUUGCACUUGGGGUACCAGCUGUAGCAUACACAAGGCUUUCGCAGUCAUGGCGUCUAGGGGAUACUGUAUGUAAAUUGCUACCCUACUCUCAGUUCGUAUGUGGGUUUGUAUUACUUUGGACAUUAACGCUUAUAUCAAUGGACAGACAUAGAUGUUUGGCAGUAAUUCCUUAUAGAAGUGCUUUAACAGCCCCUAGAGUCGUAGGAGCAGGUUUAAUAACAUGGGUCAUAGGAUCAGCGAUAUUUUUACCCGCUGCAUUUUGGUUUCAAGUCAAGAAAAUCAAUGGUUUAACUAUUUGCACUCUCGUUUUCCCCAAGAGUGAAGUUAUUAAUAUUUCACUCUGCUUCACCAUUCCAGUGAUUAUCGUCGCUUGUCUGUUACCUAUGUGCUUGUUCGUUUAUCAUUAUCAAAGAAUUUUUCAGAGAAUAAUUGACACUAGAAGUCGGUGGGCGGUUUCUUGUGUAACUCAGGCUCAAGAUCCAACUCGACGAGACUCUGAGCUUUCAGUGGUCGGCACUUUAGUGCCAUGGGCAGGAAGGAAAUCUUCAGCAACAUCAGUAACUAGUCGACAAGGGCGUGCUGGGAGUUUAUCCCAACAUGAAGAAAUUCGUCUUCAUAAACACAUAAGAGUUGUCCGAAUUCUUUUGCUCAAUGUUAUCGCAGUCUUAAUAAUGUGGCUGCCAAUCACAAUUGUGAUGUUACUUAUUUAUUUAGAUGGUCGUCGACCAGUGGGGGAUACAGAUUAUUUUUUACGAUCUCAUCAUUUCAUUUGGACAUUAAUUAUUGCCCAAUUUAACACUGUCAUAAAUCCAGUACUGUAUGGGAUUUUUUCAGAAAACUUUCGCGCAUGCUUUGCUAAACUGUGGGGAAGGAAUAUAAGCAAUGGAGCUGGAAGUGGUGAAAGAAUUAGUGGAGGUCAAAUGACUUCAGGAUUAAAUAGAAAAGGAACAAAAAAUCUUCAAACAAUACAAGAUAGACUUGGAAACUCCCGAAGUGGAACUUUGAAGAAUACACAGAAAAAUCAAAAGAAAAGUUCAACUUGCAGUAUUGGAAGCAUUAUUGAAGUUCCUAAUUCAGAAAAGCUGUGACCAGGUAUAGAGGAAAGUUUGGAGGAAAUUGACUGAUGAACUUAACAAAGUAAUUAUUUUUUGUCUCCAUCACUACAGACAACAAUAAUAAUACUCUAUUUUGUAAACCAAUUAAGGAUAAUAAAUGUAUUUUGUAAAAUGAAA